AUGUUAAAUGGUUGGGCUGGGUUCAAAUGUUUAAAAAAGCUGCAAGCUUUGAAAGCCACAUUAAAGCAGUGGAAUAAUGAUGUGUUUGGUAAUGUUGAGUUCAAACUGAAACAAGUUGAGGAGGAACUUCAUGCUCUUGAUUUACUGGCUAAAGAAAGGGCGCUAUCAUCAUCACAGGCUGCUAGAAGAAGGGAAGCUAAAGGUGAAGCAUGGAAAAUGAGCAAAAUGGUGGAGUGGGUGUGGCUCCAGAAAUCAAGGCUAAAUUGGGCAAAUAAGGGGGAUAAAAACAUGAAGCCUGGGCUGUUAGGCCCUUUUAAGACCAUUGGGGAGGACCAAAUUUCAGAUUUUCUGGAAUUAGAUUUUUCUGAAACAAAAAUUUUGGCAACAGUUAGAAAUUGUGAGGGUAAUAAGGCUGCUGGUCCAGACAGAUUUAAUCUCACCAUGUUCCAAAAAUGCUGGAGUAUCAUUAAGGCUGAUGUGCUUUCCAAUAGAUUGAAGAAAGUCAUGCCUAGGAUAAUCAGUGAUUCACAGUCUGCUUUCAUAGAAGGCAAAAAUAUUCUGGACGGGAUCUUGAUUGCAAAUGAGAUUGUGGAUGGGUGGAAGAAGGACAGAGAAAAGAGGUGCGGUGGAUUAAAGAAUGUGUGA